GGGGGGUCCCAUACUUUCGGGACACCCUGUAUUAUAAAAUAUUAUACGUAUAUUUAGCAUUAAAGUAAAAGUGAAAAUAACGGGUCACUCAUUCAUAAGAAGGAUGAUCCAAAGUCAGCAACAUUAUUUAGCUUUCCACAAGCUAAAGGUAGACCAGGUGGUCUGCCUCUGUACGGAGAAGAGUGGUGGUACGAUCUAUCAAGUAAAAGCACUGCUCAGAGACAGUAAGCGUAAAGACUCGCAGAUACUCAUCCUUCAACUGGGAGAAAAUGACAUCAAAAAGGACACUAACCCAAAAGAAAUAGCCAGAAAACUAAUUUCCCUAGCCUAUUCAUAUCUUGACGAUCAUCCUCAUUGCAAAAAAGUUUACAUUGGCCAGUUACUAAAAAGACAUUUCGCAAAACAUAACAAAUAUAUCAAUACACUACAACAAUCCCUUGAGUUCAACAUUAACAUCGCAGCAACCAACCAUCACAUUCAAAAAUCCUUAAAACGCCUUCAAGACAAUAGAAUCACUUAUUUUCAUCACAAGGAUAUGAAUGACCACAGACAUCAACAUGAAGAAAUAGUCAAUCUCCCAAAAGACCCCAUACAUCUCAACAAAACUGGCGAAAAACGUUUGGCUAGAUCAUGGAGGGGGAUGCUCCUUAACUUCCUUAAAGAAGAAAAGGAGGGUAGGAAUAUAAGGAUAGAAUUUAGUAGUUGA